AUGUCUUUAAUAAUAACAGAUAACUGCACUAAAAUAAAACGUGAUAAUAAAGAUAACGAAAAAGAUAAUGAAAGUGAUAGUAAAGAUAACGAAAGUGAUAAUAGAGACAAUGAAGUAUCAGAUAAAAAUUAUGAAAUACAAAGCAAUUAUGAAGCUCCAAAUCAUGAAGAAUUAUAUAUUGACGAAGUUCUAAACAAAGAAACUGGUGAUAAAGUGUCAAACGAAAAAGAAUCCAAUAAGGAUCUUGAUGAAGAAUCUGUUGAUGAAGUAUCAAAUAUAGAUGAUGAUAAUAAGGU